AUGGGUGCAUACCGAGCGGACGAUGAAUAUGAUUACUUGUUCAAGGUAGUAUUGAUCGGUGAUUCCGGCGUCGGAAAAUCCAAUUUGCUGUCCAGAUUCACCCGCAAUGAGUUUAGCUUGGAGUCCAAGUCUACCAUCGGAGUCGAGUUCGCCACCCGGAGCAUCCGCGUCAAUGAUAAAGUCGUCAAGGCUCAGAUUUGGGAUACGGCUGGCCAAGAACGGUAUUGCCCGUGUUUCUCACUUACUCGAUCUGAUGCUUGUCUUUCAUUUCUCCUCGUCCUUGCUUUUAAAAGAUAUAAAAUUAAAAACAAAUGGCUGAAUUUUUAG